UCUAAGCAAACUGGAUACAUUAGGGUUCAAAUAUUUCCACCAACGGAAAAUGGGCACAGCGGGCGACCGUCUGUUGGAUAUUCCCUGUAAAGUGUGUGGCGAUCGCAGCUCCGGAAAACACUAUGGAAUCUACAGCUGCGAUGGCUGCUCUGGCUUCUUCAAGCGGAGCAUCCAUCGGAAUCGGAUUUACACCUGUAAGGCCACCGGCGAUCUCAAGGGUCGAUGUCCCGUGGACAAGACCCAUCGCAACCAGUGUCGCGCGUGUCGCCUGGCCAAGUGCUUUCAGUCGGCCAUGAACAAGGAUGCUGUGCAACACGAGCGUGGACCAAGGAAACCGAAGCUUCAUCCGCAGUUGCACCACCACCACCACCACGCUGCUGCCGCCGCUGCUGCAGCCCACCAUGCGGCAGCCGCCCACCACCACCACCACCAUCACCACCAUGCCCACGCCCACGCAGCGGCGGCCCACCAUGCGGCGGCUGCAGCAGCGGCAGCGGCGGGUCUGCACCACCACCACCAUGGUGGCCACCUGCCCGUCUCCCUGGUCACCAAUGUCUCAGCCUCCUUCAACUACACGCAGCACAUCUCCACCCAUCCGCCCGCUGGAGCGGCACCACCCAGUGGCUUCCACCUGGCAGCCAGUGGCCAGCAGCAGGGAGCAGCAGCUCCACCAGCUGGUCACCUGCACCACGGAACUGGAGGUCAUCAGCAUGCCACGGCCUUCCAUCAUCCGGUGGGUCACCAGGCACAUCCUGCACUCCCCGCUCCACAUGGCGGAGUGGUAGGCACUCCAAGUGGAAAUGCCAGCGGUUCUGGUGCCUCGCUGACCUUCCCGUCGCACCUGCUGCAUCACAAUCUCAUCGCCGAGGCGGCCAGCAAGCUGCCGGGGAUUACGGCCACCGCCGUGGCGGCCGUCGUCUCCUCCACCACCACGCCCUACGCUUCAGCGGCUCAGGCCUCCUCGCCCGGCAGCAACCACAACCACAACUACUCCUCGCCCUCGCCAAGCAACUCCAUACAGUCCAUCUCGAGCAUUGGCUCGAGGAGUGUGGCCGGGGAAGAGGGCCUCAGCCUGGGCAGCGAGAGUCCGCGGGUGAAUGUGGAAACGGAGACACCAUCGCCAUCGGCAUCGCCGCCUCUGAGUGCCGGCAGCAUUUCGCCUGCUCCCACGCUGACCACCUCCUCGGGAUCUCCACAGCCUCGCCAGACAUCCCUGCGCAGCCUUAGUGAGGCCACCACGCCACCCAGUCACGCCUCCCUCAUGAUCCGCUCCAGCAGCAUGAGCAACAACAAUAUCAAUAAUAACAAUAACAAUGGGGAGCACAAGCAGGCCAGCUUCACAUCCGGAUCACCCACGCCCACCACGCCCACGCCCCCGCCUCCGAGACCAGGUGGUGGCGGCGCCUCCUGCCCCACGGCCUCCAGCUCCAACGGCUUCCUGGAGCUGCUGCUCAGCCCGGACAAGUGCCAGGAGCUCAUCCAGUACCAGGUGCAGCACAACACGCUGCUCUUCCCGCAGCAGCUGCUGGACUCGCGGCUCCUCUCCUGGGAGAUGCUGCAGGAGACGACGGCGCGCUUGCUCUUCAUGGCCGUGCGCUGGGUCAAGUGCCUCAUGCCCUUCCAGACGCUUUCCAAGAAUGACCAGCACCUUCUGCUCCAGGAGUCUUGGAAAGAGCUCUUCCUGCUGAACCUCGCGCAGUGGACUAUUCCCUUGGACCUAACGCCCAUCCUGGAAUCCCCCCUGAUCCGGGAGCGGGUGCUGCAGGACGAGGCCACGCAGACGGAGAUGAAGACGAUCCAGGAGAUACUGUGCCGCUUCCGGCAGAUCACGCCCGACGGCAGCGAGGUGGGUUGCAUGAAGGCCAUCGCCCUGUUCGCCCCGGAGACGGCGGGCCUGUGCGACGUGCAGCCGGUGGAGAUGCUGCAGGACCAGGCGCAGUGCAUCCUCUCCGACCACGUGCGUCUGCGCUAUCCCCGCCAGGCGACCCGCUUCGGCAGGCUGCUGCUCCUCCUUCCGUCGCUGCGGACCAUCCGGGCGUCCACCAUUGAGGCAUUAUUCUUCAAGGAGACCAUCGGAAAUGUCCCGAUUGCGAGGCUUCUGCGUGACAUGUACACCAUGGAGCCGGCCCAGGUGGACAAGUGAAUAUGUUUGGCCACCCGAAAACCCGAAAUGUAAUCAAAAUCGAUUCCCAUAGCAUCUAAGUCCCGGCAUCAGUCGUUGCCACCUGCAAAAAUAUUUGU